UGCUCCGUCCCGGAUCCCGCAUUAAAAUAAAGAAAUGGCCGGAGCCGGGAUCUUAGGAGGCGGCGCCGCCGCCGGGAGAUCCACCGGCGCUCCGCCGCGCGGCGGCGGAGGCGGCGGAGCCCAGCUGCUGCGGUGGCGGCGGCGGCGGCGCGAGCGGUGGCUGGUGGCGCUGGGGAUCGCGCUCCACGCCGUCUACAUGCUCAGCAUCUUCGACAUCUACUUCAAGACCCCCAUCGUCCACGGCACCCUCCCCGUCCCCCCUCGGUUCUCCCCGCCGGCCCGCCGCGUCGUCCUCCUCGUCGCUGAUGGGCUCAGGGCGGACAAGUUCUUCGAGCCCGACGCCGAGGGGGGCUUCAGGGCGCCGUUCCUGAGGAGCGUGAUGCGGGAGAAGGGCCGGUGGGGGGUGUCCCACGCGCGUCCCCCGACGGAGUCGCGGCCCGGUCACGUCGCCAUCAUCGCCGGGUUCUACGAGGAUCCGAGCGCCGUCACCAAAGGAUGGAAAGCUAAUCCAGUUGAGUUUGAUUCAGUUUUCAAUCAAAGCAGGCAUACUUUCGCUUUUGGAAGUCCGGACAUUGUUCCCAUAUUCUGCAGUAGCCUAUCUCACAGCACCUGGGGUACCUAUCCCCAUGAAUAUGAAGAUUUUGCGACGGAUGCAUCCUUUCUGGAUCAGUGGUCAUUUGAUCAAUUUCACGGUCUUCUGAAUAGGUCACAUGAUGAUCCUAAAUUGAGGCAAUUGCUCCGACAAGAUAAAUUGGUUAUCUUUCUACAUUUACUGGGUUGCGAUACAAAUGGCCAUGCACACAGGCCUUACUCGUCCAUCUAUCUGAAUAAUGUGAAGGUGGUUGAUCAAAUUGCCGAAGGUGUCUAUAAUCUUAUGGAAAACUACUUCAAGGACAACAGAACAGCUUAUGUCUUCACAGCCGACCAUGGAAUGAGCGACAAAGGAAGUCAUGGGGAUGGACACCCUUCCAACACGGACACACCACUUGUGGCGUGGGGAGCUGGUAUUAAGAGUCCCAAGUAUUUGGCUCAUGCUGAAGAAUCUGAUGAUGGUUUUCGCUUUGUUGACGAUCACAAGCAUCAUAUGCCUACGCCGCAAGAGUGGGGCCUCGCUGGCAUUGAAAGACUUGACGUCAAUCAGGCUGAUAUAGCACCUCUGAUGUCUACUCUUGUUGGCUUGCCAUGUCCUGUUAAUUCUGUUGGAAACUUGCCAUCCCAGUAUCUGAAGUUGAGUAAGGCAGAUGAAGUUGAAGCAGCUCUGGCAAAUACAAAACAAAUCCUUAACCAGUUCCUCCGCAAGUCGCAGCUAAAGCAAUCGAGUUCACUAUACUUCAAGCCCUUCAAGCCUUUGGCGAAUCAUUCUUCAGUUCUUGAUCAAAUUGAAGAUCUCAUGUCAGCACGGGACUAUGAAACUGCCAUGCGAUACGUCGAAAAUCUUAGGAGCCUGUCCCUGGCAGGUCUUCAUUAUUUUCAAACUUAUGAUUGGUUGAUGUUAAUGACAACAAUUACCCUUGGAUAUAUUGGAUGGAUGGUAAAUGUUAUUAUUCAUGUGCUACAGUCUUACACGAUAUUCCCAAGUAACCCUUUUCUGAAGAAGAAUCAAGCAUCCCUUCUUCAACCCAUGUCAGAGAAGGUGUAUAUAGGUGGAUGCUUGUUGGCGGGUUUACUCUCUCUUUUACUGGUCCUAGAGAAAUCUCCACCUCUUUACCAUGCUUAUGUUUUAAUGACUGUAUUCUUGUGGACACAAAUCUUCUCUAAUAUCCAAUUUUUGGAGUCAAUAUGGAGAGAACUGUCUUCUAGAACAUUUAGCUCUAUUAUAAACCUUCUGUUUAUCUCCGGCGUGGCAUUAUUUGUUCUUGAGUUUCUGGUUAUGAGCUUCUUUGAAAGGAAACUGUAUACUUGGUGUUUUCUGAUCGUGGGGUUACUUGCUGCUAUUUUUAUACUUUUAUUCAUCCCGGGAAACCCUUUCGUAGCAGUAUAUAUAUGGGCAUCCUGCUGGUUUAUAUCCAUCUUUACACUGAUGCCUGCGGAAAUUCCAGACAACAAUAAUUUAGUAAUAUUCAGUGGCGCACUGAUAAUAGUGAUCGGAAUGGCUUCAAGAUGGGUUGAUUCAAAGACUGAUAAAAUUAAGUUUGGGCUGUAUCUUUCCCUAGCAAAUAAAAAAGGGCAUCGGUUACUCAUGCUCUUCUUCAUUCAGGUUAUCCUAGUCGGGCUAUCAUCUAUAAUGGUCUGGUUGUCCACCUCACACAGGGCUCAGAACAAGGAACUCCUCCCGAUGCACCAGUUAAUCAACUGGUCCAUAGCUGGAUCCUCCCUGGUUCUACCACUAUUUUCUCCCCCCAGUAUUCUUUCUCGUCUCACAUCAAUCUUUUUGGGUUUUGCCCCACCUUUCUUGCUACUCUCAAUCGGUUAUGAAGCUGUCUUUUACAGUGCUUUUGCUCUAGUACUUAUGGGAUGGAUAUUGGUUGAAUGCGCUUACCUAUAUAGUUCUGGAGAGAGAGGAUCCAGUUUGGGUUACAGUGAAGUUGGCAGCGCUGAUGAAAGAUGUUUACAGCUGUCCGACCUCCGAAUUCCGCUUAUAUUUAUGGUUCUGUUUAAUGUUGCCUUUUUCGGCACCGGUAACUUUGCCAGUAUUGCAAGUUUUGAGAUUUCUUCCGUGUAUCGUUUCAUUACAAUAUUCAGCCCGUUUCUAAUGGCGGCGCUGCUCAUUUUCAAGCUGUUCAUUCCAUUUAUGCUUGUUAUAUGUGUUUUUAGCGCCAUAACCAAGCUUGUUCGUGUUCCACGACUGGGAUGCUAUUUUCUUGUAAUAUUGCUUUCCGAUGUGAUGACUAUUCAUUUCUUUUUCCUGGUGCGCAAUACCGGGAGUUGGAUGGAAAUUGGUAACAGCAUCAGCCAUUUUGGGAUUAUGAGUGCUCAGGUAGUUUUCGUAUUGAUGCUUUUCGCCCUCACGAAUAUUUACACGAAGGAUAUCGAAGUUUCGUCUCGGCGGCUAUCCUCGCAGAAAGAAUUGUAGUAUUUUGUUCCUUUGAUUUUUGUUAUUAGAAUCAUAGGAUGAAAUUGCUUAUUCGUUUUUGUUCAGGUAUUUAAAUAGAAAAUUUUGUGAUUCUAUUCAUGUUCUCUCUAGCAUCAUUUGGCUUGUAUCAUUAGAACUUUGGUUCUGUUUCUGAUUCUUUUUUUCUUUUUUUUUUUAAACUGAAACUCUUGGAUUAUUUGCUUUGCGUUGUUUAAAGCAUUCUUAUUGUGAUUCCUAUGGUGAA